AUGUUAAAAAAAUUAAAAGAUGAUGACUUCAACAACAAAGACAUUUCCUCUGAAGAAAAUGAACAAUCUACAUUACAUAUUAUUAAAAGCAUAAAAGAAAAUAGAAGGAUGGUAGAAUUUCUCUAAUUUUUAGUUCAUCUCACAUCCAUUGAUUAAACUUUGAUAUAAUGUGGGUCUAAUUCAUUAAAAUUAUUAGUUUAAAUGUAAGUGAACCUAAAUAACAUAAAUUUUGAGAAUAUUAAGAUCAAAAAUACUUCGUUAGUAGGAGCGAAUUUUGUGAGGUAUAAUUUUAGUGGAUCUUAAUUUAAUAAUGUCAACAUAAAUGGAAUUAAUCUUAAUGGAGCAUUACUAUUUAAUUGUUAAUGGAAGAACUUGAGAAUCCCUGAGUUAAAUUAAUUGAAUGGUCAUACAAGUAUGGUCUUAUCAGUUUGUUUCUCGCCUGAUGGAAAUAUAUUAGCUUCUGGUAGCAGUGAUAAGUCAACCUGUCGAUGGGAUGUCAAAACAGGAUAAUAAAAAGCCAAAUUAGAUGGUCAUAGUGGUAGAGUUUGGUCAGUCUGUUUCUCUCCUGAUGGAAACACAUAAGCUUCUGUUGGUGGAAGCAAUUUUUGUUAUGUAAAAAGGAGAUAACUCUAUUCGUCUUUGGGAUGUUAAAACAGGAUAAUAAAAAACCAAAUUAGAUGGCCAUACUGAUAUUGUCUUAUCAGUUUGUUUCUCGCCUGAUGGAAAACCAAUUAGACUGCAAUAAAAAAUGA